UAUAAAGUAGAUGAGCAAUAACACAAAUCUAAAUAGGCAAUAAAAAUAACAAAUCUAAGACACUUUAACGCAGCAAGUGAAAGUGUAGUACUUUAGAAAAUCUUGGAUAACUAACUUUGACUGAGAGCCAUUUACAAACAUGCUCAUCUGCAGGUCAUCUGGCAUAAUCUGGGCUCCAAGUAAGAAGUAAAACAGUGGAGGGUUAGUAAUACAAGAGUAGGGAUCGGUAUCAUUUCUCACCCUGCCUGGUCACUAGGAUGGGAGCAGCUUUAACUGCACAACUGACCUGCUGCAUGGCUGUGACAGUUGGGUUUGGUAACACAGCUCAGCCAGCUGAUUGGCAGGUGAACAGCCCCUCCAGUGGCCACGAGGAAGAGUGGCUCAGUCCUGAACAUUUCUCCAUGGAGACCAACAUCAACAGUGAGGCAAAGUUGUCGUCUGCAGCCGACUGUCAACAACACAAAAACUGCAGUAUUUCAGCAUCGGGAUGUCAUCCAGGCAGAGGGUGGCCUCUAAGGCCGCAUUGAUUUCUCUGUUUAUGGGCAAACGAAGCUGCAACAUCACUUUUGUCCUGGACAGCUCCGAGGACAUGAGAGCUGUUCUGGGGUCAGUGAAACGCCUACUGAUCCAGACUCUGCUGACAAAGGCUUCACUCCAGGACUCUCUCUUCAACAUCAUGAUGUUCUCAGCCAAGGUGAACUGCUGGUCCCACCACAUGUUGCCCUGUGCUCCUGACACAGUGUACACUGCUGUGUCCUGGAUUCACUCCAUCAGCUGCAGCCCCGGCAGAGAUCUCCUGGCCGCCCUGAGUAUGGCCCUCGCUGACCCAGCCUGUCACACCGUCCACCUGCUCUGCAUAGACCUCCCCAGGCAGCCGGAGACUGUGCUGAGAGCCCUGCCUGCCCUGGCAGCUGGAAGGCCUGUGAACGUUUUCUACCUGCUGGACUCUGUCGGUCAGAUGGAUGGCAACACCAGAGAUUACCUGCAGUGUCUGAGCCAAGCCACAAGAGGGAGCUGUUACGUGAUUACAGUUGGUUCAAAUAGAAAACUGGACAAGGUGAUUCCUCUGCAUGUUGCCGAGAACCAGUCAUCCGUGCCAGCCGCCCCUCCCAGCAACUGCUGCUGUCCGUCCGCUUCCCUCACAAAUACAUCAUCACCUCUAAUAGGGUGCAGUCUGGGUAAUCCUCUCCAUCCAGUUGCCUCCUGUAUGCUGUCUGCUCAAACCCUGGGCAGUUCAGAAUUUUUCCCAGGAUGCAGAGUGCUGGCCAGGAGGGAAGUGGAUGGCCUUUACUACAUGGGGAGGGUGAUGCAACAAGUUCAGGGCCGCGCAGGACUUUGGUUAGUUGAGUUUGACCAUCCAACGGCUGCUAGUUUAGGUGUCGUCUCUGCUCAGAGGCAACUGGUUUGUUCCGUCGACAUGGUGAACCACACCAGGGCUCAUACACACUAUCUGGUACCCGGUGAGGCUGUCCUGUCGCCAUGGGAACCAGACCUGAGGAGAUACGGGCCGGGGAGAUUGAUGGCUGCCACAGAGCGCAGAGAUGGAUUUGGCGCCUUCUUUCCUGCAGUUGGUGUGAUGGGCCUGCGGGUGCUGAUGUGGAACAGCUGUGUGUCUCUGGUUCCCGACACCCUGGUUUUGCCAAUUUCACCUUCUCACCAUGACAGGAUAGUCAGGGAGCUACAAAUCCCACCAUCUGUCCACAGUCGAUUUUGCAACUGGCUUUGUGGGCACAGCUCCUCCUGGACUCCACAGCUGUCCUGCACCCACUGCUGUCAGGCUUCGUCCUGCCGCUGUUCACUUGCAAACCACUGGCGCCCACCCAGUUGCAGGUCCAGUCAUGGAAGAAUGGACGGACUGGAGAAGACAGAUCAAGAUAUGCAGGAGGACCUCAAAGAUGCAGACAUUAGAAAAAGUGACCCUGAGGUGUCCAGCUCCUCCUCUUCAUCUCUUUCUGAGGAUGACACCAGAGCAACACUGCCUCCUGCGGUGAAGCUGAGGCGUAAACGACGUCCUCCCUGGAGGUACUGGAGGAGAACUGGGGCAGAGCCUCAGCACAGACAGCCAGGUAAGAGAAACAGGAACUGA